AACCAAUUCUGGUGAGUAACGGUUCCAGUUCUCUUCGUCGACGAACAAGUAUCCCAUACUCCGUCGGACGCCGUCCACCGUUGUUAGCCCUGCGUGUUUGUUCUUCGGUAAGCAGUGAGGAAGGUUCGAAUCCUAGGGGAUUUUCUACUCCCAAUAUCGGGUGUCUUGAUGAGGAAAGAUGGAACUUGAGGAAGAAGAAAAUAAUCUCCGUGCUAUGAGACUGUUAUAUAGGCUCCUUGAACAUAAUAGCCUUGGCCUGCAAAAUACAAAUUCAGAUGAUCAGUUGGUUGAGAGAGCUCGAGAAUUACUGAAAGUAAUGCUGGAAGUAGCAUCUGAAAGGGUUUUCGAGACUCUUUUAAAGAUCAUAGCAGCAGAAGCUGGUAUCUCCAAGACACUCUUCACUUCUCAGCCUGUGGCCAGUCUCCAGUCAAGGCCUCUAUUGGCAGCCAACAGUUCUCACUGCUCUGUAAAAUAUCCAACACGCGGUAGAUUUUCUUCAUGGAAGGAUGAACAACCCCAAUCAAAGUCACUGGCUAAGAAAUCUGGUCCAAGGCUAUCUAAAUGUAGCAUCUCUGACAAAGGUGAAGCAGUUAGAAAAGCGCUCUUCAAUGUUUGUGAAGAAAGCUGUAUAAUGCAGCAGGAUCUAGUCAAGGCAGCAAAUUUUUCUUACGAGAAUCCCAUUUUUCCUAUGAAAGAGAAUAGUCGUCGUGAACAGCAUUAUAGCGUGAGCACUUUUCACGUGGGUGAGCACUCAAAACAAUCCCCAGACACGUUCGACUCGAGAGCUGGUGAGUUUAGAGAAGUCAGGGAGACGUCAUUACCAUAUAGAGUUUGUGAAAUUGAAAGCAAUUCAAGCUGCGCUGAAGCUCAGGACGAGGAGGGAGACAUCACCAAUGACUUGUUUAAUGUGAUAAAAAGAAUUGAAUCUCGUAUAUUGGCUUUGCAGCUUUACUCAAAUUUAGUAUAUUCCAAAAAGAAUGGUGCAGGUGGCAAGAGUAUGUGUAGGAUGACAGAUCCAUGGAGUCCUAUAGGACAGAAAAGUGAGGGAAUAGCAGGAAAUCGACCUAGUUAUCGAAAACCUCCUUUUGUGGGAAAUGCAUUGAUGAAUCAGCAGGCAAAUCAACUAGCUAGUAAGCGUGAAAAUUUGACCACAGCAAAUACAUUUUUGGAGCCCAUCUUAACGGGAAACGAGUCACAGAGUAAGGUGGAAGAUCAGAUUUUAGACCAAGCAAAUGACCAUGGCAUCACAACACAGGAAAGUCGUCAAAAGGGCGAGGCUUGCAGAGCCACCCUGCUGGCUUCAAGAGGAGAGAAGUUGCUAAGCCAGAAUGGGCUUCGACCUCCAUCACAGAGCAUGGCCAUGGUAGACAGAUUUCAGUCAUUAAAUCGGUCAAUGAGUGGGAAUGGUUGCUUGGAGAAUCGGGCCAAUGAGUGUAUACAGGGGUUGAGGAUUCCUCUGACUUCCACAACAGCAGGUCCAACAAAUAGAGACAAGCGAACCAGAAGAAACCCAGUGGCUCAGUUAGAGACUCACAGGAGAGAGAAGCAGCCACUUCAUCAUACGGAAACAAGACAAGCUCUACCUCACUGGAUAUCCAGUGAGCCUGAAAUGCCCCCUCAUGGUUACAGAGACAGGGAAAUUCUGGAGAAUAGAGGGACUCAUAAGAUGAGGGCUUCAUCACCAAAUCAUCAUGAAUCAGAAGAGUUCAGUUUAAGCUCUCGCUCUCCUGCUCGCUUGACAUCUAAUCAAAGCAGUGCCUUUUAUAGUAGUGAAUCUGAGGACAUUGGUGAUUCGCCGGGAAAGAUGGUUAGCGAAGCAUAUGAGGAUAGCUCAGGAGAGAGUAGUGAUUUAUAUUCUCAAAAUGAUGCUGGCUCUUCAAAUAGAAUGGGAAGUUCAAGGUCUAGCAGAUCUUGGGAUCGGAGAGGCCCCGAGAAGACAAUUGGACAUUUGAGGAGGCUGAAAAAUAAGCUGAGACUUAUCUUUCACCACCACCACCAUCUUCACCACCAUCAUCAUCACGAUAAAGAUGAUGAUAAAAUGAGUAAGGCGGAUCAUAGACAUUCUAUAUGGCAGAGGAUCUUUCAUGGCAAAAACAAGCACAGGUUGCUAGCAAAAGGAAGAGCUGAGAAGACAAGAGGAGGCGCCACUGCAAAAGUGUCACAUGGAAAACAGGUUGGGCAGUUUCAUGGACUCGUGGAGGGCCUUGUGAGACGCAUCCGACAUCCUAAGAAACAAAAGCCUUCUAACGUUGUUAAGAUCAAAGGGUCAAGGAACCUCAAACGUGGCAAUAGGAAGAAGUUGCAUUGGUGGCAGAUGCUUCGACGUCACCGGGGUGUGAGGCUGAACAAUAGAGGCCGCCUUAAAGUGGGGUUUAAAAGCCAAAAAAGGCUCAAGUACUGAGCAAAAUCUAUUGAAAAGCAUGCAAGAUGCAGCACGAUUUCCAUAAUUAAUCCACAAGAUCUGAAGAAAUGGGAUGCAAAAGUUCCACUUCAGGGGCCAAAUUUUGACUGCCUCGUCUAUAAACAAGGGAGGCAGCACCCCUCAAAUUGUAUUACACAGUGUUUUUCCCAUGAUGGAUUGUAUUUUGUAUAUAUUGGCAGGAAGCACUUAUUUUC